UUCAAAAAAUAUUCCCGGCUGUUGCGUUUUUCCUCUGCUUUUUAAUAUAAAAUAAUUCUAUUUAGGGUUGGUAAUAAAAGAAUAGUUUCUGAAUCUCUUCACAACAAUACCGAUCCUUGUAUUUAUCGCAAAAUAUCUUCGUUGCAGUUAAUUGUCAUCUCAAAAGUCUGUGAAUUUCUGUGUGGCUACAUCUACAAGCAAAAUUUACUCUUCUUACAUACACAUUUAUAGAAGGAAAAGUCAAUAGGUGGUGAGAACUCCCACUACAAAUCAAUUAUAAUAACAAAACAUUAGGAACGGCGCGGAUGCCGUAGUGUGCAAUCGAAAAAUCAGCCUGCACAUAACAAUAAUUUACAUUACACUGAGGACGAAAGAAAGCAAAUAUUUGUUUUUUAAUUCAUAGACAACAACGAAUUUACGUAAAACGCAAAAAUGUCGACAGCAGUGGAAAUGGAACAAAACAACAAUGAAGACCAGCAAAAACAGUGUACUUCUGUAAGUGCUUGUUCAUCGAAGGUACCGAUGAAAGACAGUGGCUGCUCCCAAGAAGAGAAAAUAGCUUUAGCAGAAAAAUGCAAGAAUGAAGGCAAUGAUUAUCUUAAAUCUAAAGAUUUCACAAAAGCAAUACAAAUGUACACCAAAGCCAUAGAAUUAAUGCCAAGUAAUGCAAUUUUUUAUGCCAACCGGUCAUUGGCUCAUCUUAGACAGGAAAGUUUUGGAUUCGCUCUACAAGAUGGUAUAUCGGCCGUAAAGUCCGAUCCUGCAUAUUUAAAAGGAUAUUAUCGUCGUGCAGCGGCACAUAUGUCACUGGGCAAAUUUAAGCAGGCUCUCUCGGAUUUUGAAUACGUAUCAAAAUGUCGUCCAAAUGAUAAAGAUGCUAAAUUGAAAUUUACGGAAUGCAAUAAAAUUGUGAAAAUGCGGGCAUUUGAGAGAGCAAUUGCUGUGGAUAAACCGGAAAAAACAUUAGCAGAAAUGUUUCGAGAUUUGGAAAACAUAACAAUUGAGGAUGAUUACAAGGGACCUGCUUUAGAGGAUGGCAAAGUUACUCUGAAAUUUAUGCUUGACCUUAUGGAGCACUAUAAACAACAAAAGAAACUGCACCGGAAAUAUGCUUAUAAGAUACUUUGCGAUAUUGAUGCUUACAUGCGCACUCAACCUUCUUUAGUUGAUAUUAAUGUAGCCGGAACUUCGAAAUUUACAAUUUGUGGUGAUAUUCAUGGUCAGUUUUAUGAUCUAAUGAAUAUAUUCGAUAUAAACGGUCUACCAUCACCGACAAAUCCAUAUUUAUUCAACGGAGACUUUGUGGAUAGAGGCUCAUUUUCAGUAGAAUGUAUUUUCACAUUAUUUGGUUUUAAACUGUUAUAUCCUACUCACUUUUACUUAUCGCGAGGUAAUCAUGAGAGUAUCAAUAUGAAUCAAAUGUACGGUUUUAACGGAGAAGUUACUGCCAAAUAUACAAGCACUAUGGCCGACAUGUUCACUCAGGUUUUUAAUUGGUUGCCUUUGUGUCACUGCAUUAAUGAAAAGAUUUUGGUUAUGCACGGUGGUCUCUUUUCCGCUAAAAAUGUGACAUUAGACGAUUUACGUUCCAUCGAACGGAACUGUCAACCGCCCGAAGAUGGCCUAAUGUGUGAAUUGUUGUGGUCAGAUCCUCAAGCUUGGAAUGGUUGUGGGCCAUCAAAACGAGGAGUAGGUAUACAAUUCGGUCCGGAUAUAACGGAAGCCUUCUGCAAACAGAACAACUUGGAGUAUAUUAUACGUAGUCACGAAGUAAAAGAUAUGGGCUAUGAGGUAACCCAUAAUAGCAAAUGUAUCACUGUGUUCUCAGCACCAAACUAUUGUGAUACCAUGGGUAAUAUGGGCGCUUUUAUAACGAUUAAGGGCAAUGAUCUAAAACCCAACUUUAAAUCUUUUGAAGCUGUGCCUCAUCCAGACGUGAAACCUAUGGCCUACGCAAACAGUUUAAUGAGUUUAUUGGCGUAGUUAUCAAAAAAUCGGUUUGUUUGUACUAAAAACAAAAAGUAUAAAAAUCUUGAAGUAAAAAAGCCGAUAAAGCUAACCUUUCAAUUCAAAAGAAAGAAAAGGAAACUUUCAAUGGAAAAUAUAUUGCGAUUGGAAUGUCCAUUGCUCGUUCUCUCAGUUAAAAUAAGAAUACUUAUAAAGCUUUGUAAAAGAAGAAAAUUUAUUUU